UAGUUCCUCCUCUGAAUAGUUGGGCUUCUUGUCAGUCCUUCGACCUUGCCUUUUCCCCUUAAUUUUCCAUUCAAAUGCUCUUUUAAAAGAGCAAGCAAUAGAUAAAGAACUCUACGGACGGCGUGAGUUCCGACGUGGAAUGUCAUUUAAUGGUUGAGUUGUUUGGGGUCUGUCGAGUAACCCACCCGGGUUGGAUUCUGGAAAUCGGGCAGGACUAAGUGGCAGCUGCCUCAGAGUUGAUCCGGGAGGACCAGUGGUGCACUUGACCUCAGCAGAUGGCUCAUCGACUUCUCCUGAGGAGGUUCCUGGCCUCUGUCAUCUCCAGGAAGCUCCCCCAGGGUCGGUGGGCACCCCUCACCUCCAAGGCCUUGCAGACCCCCAAAUGCUGUUCUGGUGGCCUGACAGUAACACCCAACCCAGCCCGGACAAUAUAUACCACCAGAGUCUGUUGGACAACCUUUAAUGUCCAGGAUGGACCUGACUUCCAAGACCGAGUUGUUAACAGUGAGACACCAGUGGUUGUGGAUUUUCAUGCACAGUGGUGUGGCCCCUGCAAGAUCUUAGGGCCACGGUUAGAGAAGAUGGUGGCCAAGCAGCACGGGAAGGUGGUGAUGGCCAAGGUGGACAUUGAUGACCACACGGACCUCGCCAUUGAGUACGAGGUGUCAGCUGUGCCUACUGUGCUGGCCAUCAAGAAUGGGGAUGUGGUGGACAAGUUUGUAGGCAUCAAAGAUGAGGACCAGCUGGAGGCCUUCCUCAAGAAGCUGAUCGGCUGACGAGCAGGGAAGCGUCCUGAGCACCCUUGCCCGCCUGGACGCCUGUCCUGGGGGAGCCCAGGAGAACGCAGCCCUCCCCCCCGCCCCCCUGUGCCCACCCCAUGGGCCCCUGCUUUGGAAACCAGCCUCCAGACACGGAGUCACCAAUGCUGCCCACCUACCCACUGCCAGGGUGACCGUCGGAGGAGCGGUGACCGUCAGGGGAGGGGACCUCGUGUUCCCACCCACUCCUCCUCUCUGCUCCCUCUAGGGCCAGUUGCUGUUGUCCCGAGAUGCUGGAGAACGCCCGGGGCCAGCCUGCAGAGGACUGUCCAGGCGGCAGCUGGUCCCCAUCGCCUUGGUCCCUCUGAUCUGCACCCCCAUCUCAUCUGCCUCCUGCAUUUUUCUUUCCUGCCGCUGUUUUGUAAAAGAAAAAGGAGAAAACAAGGAGCCGAGCAGUGGGAGUGAUAGAGGGUUCUCUCAUUUCUUGUAGGUCUGUAAUAAAGAACUUUAUGUGGUCCCUUCUACCUCCUGCUGGGAAGAACAGACCCUGGGCCCCACACUGAACCCCGCAGCCACCCUGUCCCUGCCUCCCAGAGAGCCGACCUUCUCCCAUCCUUCCCUCCCAGGCACCAGGGCACUGGCUGCAGGAGCCCUGGAGGCCCUUGACCGGAAGGCUCCAGGUGCACCCUCCCUCACUGUCCACAGCCCCUGGCUCUCAGCAGAAGGCUGCACUGUGAACAAAUCAGACCAAUAAAACCAGGGUUUGCACUGA